UUAGAAUCACAUACAACACUGGGAAAUGAGCUCGUGCCAACCACUGGGAAAUGAGCUCGUGUCAAGCAUAAAAGUGACAAAAAGUUAAAUAUCCCCACACGGUAAACACCACGAACGACCCAAACGACCGCACGGAUAGAGGCAGAGAGCCUAGACGCGCCAAGCCGCCAACCAAAUCCCACGCGAAAGAGCACCUGGCCGCCGCCCAUGUCGUCCGCCGCGGCGCCAGACCAGCGGCCGCGCCCCGUGCGCUUCGGCAUCCUGGGCUGCGCUGACAUCGCGCGUAAGAUCUCGCGCGCGAUUUCGAUGCUCCCUCCAGGCGCCGCCACCAUCGCUGCCGUCGGGAGCCGCUCCGAGGAGAAGGCCCGCCUCUUCGUCGCCGACAACACCCUCGACGGCGCCGCCACCCGACUCCACGGCUCCUACGAGGCGCUCCUCGACGACCCGGACGUGGACGCCGUCUACCUCCCGCUCCCCACCAGCCUCCACGUGCGCUGGGCCACCGCCGCCGCCGCAAGGGGCAAGCACGUGCUCUUAGAGAAGCCCACCGCGCUGUGCGCCGCCGACAUCGACGCCAUCCUCACCGCCUGCGACGCCGCGGGGGUCCAGUUCAUGGACUGCACCAUGUGGAUGCACCACCCGCGCACGGCCAAGAUGCGGGAGACCGUCGACGACAAGGACACCAUUGGGGACAUCAGAACGAUUAACAGUGUGUUCAGCUUUCAAGCAAAUGAAGAUUUCCUCGAGAAUGACAUCAGAGUAAAGCCAGAUCUUGAUGCCCUGGGUGCACUUGGUGAUGUUGGGUGGUACUGCAUCCGUGCGAUCCUGUGGGCUGUUGACUAUGAGUUGCCCAAGAUUGUGAUCGCACUGCGUGACCCUGUAAAGAACCGAGCUGGCGUGCUUCUUGCGUGCGGCGCGACAUUGCACUGGGCAGAUGGCAAGACUGCCACCUUCAGCUGCUCUUUCCUCACCAAUGUCACCAUGGACAUCACCUUAGUUGGCACGAAUGGAACUAUCCAUGUCACUGACUUCGUCAUCCCACACCAAGAAAAGUCGGCGGAGUUCCACGUGGCUUCAAAGUCAAGCUUUGCUGAGCUCGACAUCGGGUGGGAUCUGCCAAGCAAGCACGUCGUGGCGACAGACCUGCCACAGGAAGCCCUUAUGGUCCAGGAAUUCGCGAGGCUCGUGCAGGGCAUCCGGGAUGCUGGGAGCAAGCCUGAGAGGAAGUGGCCGGCUAUCACCCGGAAGACGCAGCUGGUUUUGGAUGCUGUGAAAGCCUCGAUUGACAAAGGGUCUGAGCCAGUUGAGGUGGCUAGCUAAAUGCAACAAACGAGUCACUUCCUGACUAGAGGUUUCUACACCAUGGCAUGGUUUGUGCUUGAUUGAUAUAUUUACACAUACUGUACUUCUGUAUCGUAUGAAACCAGUAUAAACCAUUAUUUGUAACUAUUUGAAGAGGUGUCGUCAAACUCAGAAGGAGGUUGAAAUAUAUAAGUCGGAUUAUAUUUC